AUGUCCUUCAACGAUGACGAGCUAAUUAUCCCUCCUCCAAACUCAGGGCCGAGGCCGACGCCGAUCGUGCCCGGGAGGGUGCAGCUGGUGAGCAAGAACAACAACAUGGCUCCACUGGAGGAGAACACCCAGAAGGUGCUGCUGGAGCUGACCGGCGGCGACUCCACCAGCGACCGGUCGGGGCUGGACCUGGUGGCGGUGCUGGACGUGAGCGGCAGCAUGCAGGGCGAGAAGAUCGACAAGAUGAAGACCGCCAUGAAGUUCGUGGUGAAGAAGCUCAGCUCCAUCGACCGCCUCUCCAUCGUCACCUUCGUGGACACCGCCACCAGGAUCUGCCCGCUACGCCAGGUUACCGACGCCACCCAGCCGGAGCUGCUGGGGCUCAUCGACGCCCUCCAGCCCGGCGGCAACACCAACAUCAGCGACGGCCUUCAGACCGGGCUCAAGGUCCUCGCCGACCGCAGGCUCAGCUCCGGCCGCGUCGUCGGCGUCAUCCUCAUGUCCGACGGGCAGCAGAACCGGGGCGGGAACGCCGCCGACGUCAAGAUCGGCAAUGUGCCGGUGUACACGUUCGGGUUCGGUGCGGACUACGACCCCACGGUGCUGAACGCCGUGGCCAGGAACAGCAUGGGAGGGACCUUCUCCGUCGUCAACGACGUGGACACACUGAGCAUGGCCUUCUCCCAGUGCCUCGCCGGCCUGCUCACCGUGGUGGUGCAGGACCUCACCGUCACGGUGGCGCGCGUCGAGGACGAGUCCACCAUACAGAAGGUGGCCGCCGGAAACUACCCGCAGACGCAGGACGCCAACGCCGGCUCGGUGACCGUCGCCUUCGGCGACCUCUACAGCAAGGAGGUGCGGAAGGUGAUCGUGGACCUCCUCCUCCCGGCCAUCGACACCGACCGCGGCGCGGACAUCCUGGAGGCGACCUACUCGUACAAGACGGCCUGGAAGCUGUUCGACGCGCCGCCCGCGACGGUCACGGUGCGGCGCAGCGGCAGUGCCUUCCCGGAGGAUGACCCGCCGGUGGACGUGAUGAAGGAGGAGGCCCGGUUGAAGACGGCCACGAUGAUCAGGCAGGCGAGGACGAUGGCGGACGGCAAGAAGCUGGACGACGCGCUGGAUAAGCUGGUGGAGGCCCAGAACGCGCUGGGGGACGUGCCGGUGGCGGAGCCGUACGACGACCCGCUGCUGAGCGCCCUCAACACGGAGCUGAAGGAGCUGCUCAAGCUGAUGAAGUCGCAGGAGGUGUACGAGCAGCAGGGCCGGCCGUACGCCAUGUCGUCGGAGACGUCGCACGACCGGCAGCGGUUCGCGGCGAGGGGCGACAUCGAGAGAAACCGGCUGUUCGCGACGCCGCGUAUGGACAAGUAUCUGGAGCAGGCCAAGAAGUUCGACAAGGACCCGGCGGCGCCGCUGCCGUCGGCGGAUGCGGACGAGAAAGAGGAGGUCGCCGCGAACCCGCUCGCGCCGUUAGCCGGGCCCAUCACCUUCUACAUCCAGGCAGCCAUCCAGGCGCUGCAGGCCAUCGAGAAGCUCAUCAGCAACGGAGCCAAGGCAGUGUAA